AUGUUUACUCCAUUCUCAUUUCAGCUUGAUCUUUAUAGAAAUUACAAUAAAACAAAACAUACAAAAGUAUAUGAUGAAUUAAUGUCAUUCAUAUGUCAAUUACCGAAUUUUACUCAUCCACUUACUCCGAUCGGGGAUUCAUCAAAAGCACGUCAUUUAUAUAUUAAUGGAUCUAAACGUGAAGAAAACUGGAAACUUUUAGAUGCAAUCAGUAUAACUUCAGGUUCAAAGCAUUCUUCAAUCAAUCAUAAUAAUAUCAACUCUUCUAUAUCAUCUAUCAAUCCUGUUAGUCAUCUUCGUGUAAAACAUACAACUUUAGGUGCUGGACAUAGAACCUAUUAUUUUAGUGGACCAUUAGCACAAUUAGAAUCUGCACUUAUUGCAUAUACUGUGGAUCGAUUGAAGAAAAGUGGAUUUGAAUUUGUUUCUGUACCUGAUAUUCUACCUGAACCUAUUAUCAAAGCUUGUGGUUUUCCAACUCAAGGAAUUCGUUCACAGAUUUAUGAAAUAACCCCACCUAUAUCUAAAUUAACUUAUUGUCUUUCUGGAACAUCUGAAAUUGCAUUAGCUGGAUUUUGUGCUGGUCGAUCCUUUAAUUGUACUUCAUCUGAAAAUGAUAGAUCAGAUGAAUCAAAUCAAUCUUCUGCACUUGGUUUAUGUGCUGUGAGUCGAUGUUUUCGUAAAGAAGUUCCUAAUCAAGAGCCAACUCUUUAUCGAGUACAUCAGUUUACUAAAG